CAACUCUCCUCUCGACUCCAGCUCCAGGCGGAGUUUGAGGUUUUCUUUAUCCAUUUGAGUGUUUGUGCGUGUCUGUACGAGUUGUGCCCCCGGUCGUGAGGGCGUCCGAUGGCCGUGUGACCACCUUUGACCCAGGACAGCUGCCCAGAAGCGCGAUGUUGGCCGCCGAGAGCGAGCGGUGUGGCUUGUGAACUUCCACUUUCGACGACAAACCGAGCGCGGACGCCUGGGGACAUGCGGGCCCUGGGCCUCUUGUGGGGCCUCCUGCUGGGCCUGGCCGCCGCCGAAAUGCUCAAUGAGGCCCGCAUCACGGAGCACCCGCACGACAUGGCGGUGACCUACGGCACGCAGCUCGAGUUCAUCUGCAUGGGCACAGGGAUCCCGGUGCCCGCCAUCAAGUGGUUCAAAAACGGCGAGCCGGUGGAGGGCGAGGCGUCGUUCCAGUCGUUCACCAUGUACGUGCGGUCUGUGCUGAAGCUGAACGCCUCCGAGAGUGCCAACUACACCUGUCAGGCGCAGAGCCAGCACGGAGAGAAAAUCUCGGUGGACACGCAGACCUUUUUCGUGAACGUCACCAGACCCAUUACAGUUCGACGACCUCUACCACCUCCUCGCGGCUACUGUGCACCAUACAAUGGCAAAAUUUGCAAGAAUUAUCUGCACGGCUCUGGACUUGUGUGGUUCAACAUCAGUCAUGACAAUUCGGGCGGGUGGUUGAAUGAGCAGAUCACCACCGGUCUCUGGGACGAGAUGAUUGACAACCUGAAAGAGCCCUGCCGAAGUGCAGCCGAGAAACUGCUGUGCACCUAUGCAUUCCCACAAUGCCAGAUCCACGAGGGCUAUCCCGUGGGACUUCCCCUGUGCCAGGAGGACUGCGUGGCCGUCAAGGACCUGUUCUGCUACAAUGACUGGGCGCUCAUUGAGGACAACAAGCAGCGUGGCGUUUUCUUCAGGUCCAGAGGCCACUUUGUGCUGCCCGAGUGUUCGACCCUGCCCAGUUUUAAGGAGCCGGAAAAGUGUUCGCACGCUGGACUUACCACUGUGCAGGAAGAUCAAGUCACAACUGAGUGCGUGCGCGGUCGUGGCCGCUUUUAUCUGGGCUCGAUGAACGUGACCAAGGAUGGCAUGGCGUGCCAACGGUGGGACUCGCAGGAGCCGCACUCACACAACCGCCCGCCGGAGGUGUUCCCGGAGGUGCAGAAUGCUGAGAACUACUGCCGUAACGCGGGUGGUGAAGAGCCCAGCCCGUGGUGCUACACCAUGGACGCAACCAUGCGCUGGCAGCACUGCGACAUACCUAUCUGUGAUAAUUCAACAGAAUUUACCAAAGUUGAGUACGAGGAGAAGCGAACAAUGACCCUCGACUCACUAAUGACGACCAAGUUCAUUUCGGUGGUGGCCGCUCUGUCAUUGACGGGUCUGGUGCUCUUCCUGCUGCUGCUCACCCUCUGCUUCCGCAUCUACAAGCAACGCACCGGCUACAACCCUACAAACACCCAUGACGCCGCAAGUACUGGACAGCAAGAGACCGAUAUUGAUUUGGACAAAUUGCCCAGCAACAUGGCGUACCACAGAACUGGCGCCCAACUCAAUCCCAAGUUGGAGAAACUCGAGUUUCCAAGAAAUGACAUAAUUUAUAUUAGGGACUUGGGACAGGGUGCUUUCGGAAGAGUUUUCCAAGCAAAAGCACCUGGCUUAGUCAAAGGGGAGGAAUUCACCCUGGUCGCCGUCAAAAUGUUGAAAGAAGAGGCUUCGGGCGACCUGAUGGAAGAUUUCGAGCGAGAAGCGUGUCUCCUAUCGGAAUUCGAGCAUCCAAACAUAGUCAAACUUCUGGGUGUGUGCGCCAUCGGCAGGCCCAUGUGCCUCCUCUUUGAGUACAUGGGCCGUGGCGACCUAAACGAGUUCCUCCGAUCUUGUUCUCCGAGCAACUACAUUGUACGCAGCUCCGACGGAGACGGCGAACACUUCAAGGAUGUGCAACUAAAUCACCUGGACCUCAUCAACAUAGCUAGACAAGUGGCAGAAGGGAUGGUUUACUUGUCGGACCGCAAAUUUGUCCACCGAGAUUUGGCAACUCGAAAUUGCUUGAUCGACGAUGACAUGGUGGUCAAAAUUGCCGACUUUGGUCUCUCACAGAAAAUAUACCUGCAGGAUUAUUACAAAGGGGAUGAACAUGACGCCAUUCCCAUCAGAUGGAUGCCCCUAGAGUCCAUCCUAUACAACAAGUACACUGUCGAAUCUGAUGUUUGGGCGUUUGGCGUGUGCCUGUGGGAGAUUUUCUCCUUUGCACUUCAGCCGUACUACGGCAUGACCCACGAAGAGGUGGUCAAGUACAUCAAAGAGGGCAACGUCCUCCACUGCCCCGACAACACUCCCAAGCCCGUCUACGAGCUGAUGAAAAUGUGCUGGCACCGAAAGCCAGCGGGUCGACCGCCCUUUCGCGUCGUCCACCGCACCCUAGACGGUCUGCAGACGGAGCUGGAGCGCGCCUUCAGCUACCGCUACCCUCCCAGGGUGCACGUCUGAGGAGGCAAAACCCUCCUUUGCAGUUAACUGCGGCCAAUUACCUCACAAGUCUCUUUUCCUGCAUUUAUUUUUCAAUAGUUUUGCAAAGGCAUCAUUUACGUAACGAGUGACUGAGGAUUAAUAUAUAUAAAAAAACUCGACCAACAAAGAGUCAACUUGAAUCUCCUUGUGCUAUUUUUGAUGAUAGGUUGUGCGAAACUCUUAUCGGCAGCUCUGUGCUGAACAGCAUUUAUAAUUUAAAGCGGAUUUUUUUUUCAA